AGAGCACCAACUUGUAACUGGCUCAACGAUCCUCCCCUUGCUGGAUUAUUUAACAGGUGCUGAGUCCCAUGUUGCCAUCUGCUAUGGGAAGAAAAACACCACGAAAUAUUCUCUGAGGUAUACACGCUGCGCGAUAUCAGUUAGGUGGGGAAAAAAGAAGGCACAGAACUUCGCACGAGUCGGUGAUUGGACGAGGCAGGAGUCGAGCAACAGGAAUUCAGGAGGAUCCAGCGUGGGUUUGACAGGAAUGGGUAACUAAACCAUACCAUCCCACAAAGGAAGAAGUCGUCUCUUCUUUAGAAUAAUGAAGAGUAAGGUGUGUUUUACCUUAAGAUGUGAAAGAUUUACGCGCAUUUGCUUCUGAGGCGGAUCUUGCCUUUGGCCAUCGCUGCGUAAAGACCCAUGGAGCGUUAGCCAAACUUACCCAGAGAGCUAACCGGGUGAGUGACAUGAUCUCAGGCUUUAUAAAUACAAUGCUGACCCCUUCCAUCCGGGCGAACUAAUCGGGGUCAACGGAGGAAGUUAGAGGACGGAGUCGGGCCGGGCGCAGUGAUGGUGGCGGAAAGCGACAGGACGCUGCUGGCCGCGCGGCAGGGGGACGUGCAGACUCUGAAAGUGCAAUUAGCGGCCAAAGUCCUCAACGACGACACCAGGGACGUGCUGGGGGCUUCGCCCGUCCACCACGCAGCCAGGGCCGGGAAGCUGACCUGCCUGCGCUUCCUGGUGGAGGAAGCGGGACUCGCGGGCAACUGCCUGGCGAACAACGGGGCCACGCCGGCGCACGACGCGGCCGCCACCGGCAACCUGGCCUGCUUACAGUGGCUGCUGACCCAGGGUGGAUGUCGGGCAGAGGACAGGGACAGCUCUGGUGCCACCAUUCUCCACCUUGCAUCUCGUUUCAGUCACCACGAAGUCACCGAAUGGCUGCUGAAGAGUGGCGAGGUGGACACCGGAGCGUGUACCGAUACGGGCGCUAUACCCGUCCACUACGCCGCCUCCAAGGGAGACCUGCCCUCUCUCCGUCUGUUGCUGGGGCACAGCCCAAAUGUUGUCAACUCUCAAACUAAGAAUGGUGCCACACCGCUCUACCUGGCCUGCCAGGAGGGUCAUCUGGAGGUUGUCCAAUACCUGGUCAAGGACUGCGGGGCGGAUCCCAGCAUCAGAGCCAACGACGGGAUGACACCUCUGCAUGCCGCAGCUCAAAUGGGCCACAACACUGUCAUUGUCUGGCUGAUGAGUUUCACGGAGAUCAGCCUGACGGACAGAGACAGUGAUGGAGCAACGGCCAUGCACUUCGCGGCCAGUCGUGGCCACGCGAAGGUGCUCAGCUGGCUGCUGCUGCAUGGGGGAGAGAUCGUCACUGACCACUGGGGAGGGACGCCCCUUCACGAUGCCGCAGAGAAUGGUGAACUAGAGUGCUGUCAGAUCCUUGUGGUCAAUGGAGUUGACCUGGGCAUCAAGGACCAGGAUGGCUUCACAGGGGCAGACCUGGCCGAAUACAACGGCCACACUCAGUGUGCCAAGUACCUGCACACAGUGGAAAAUAUGAGUGUGGAGCACCGUGUUUUGUCUCGAGACCCCUCGAUGGAUCUUGAGUACAAGCAGCCAGACUCUGGCCUCUCGUCCCCUAACACCACCAUGCCUCCUGCCAACCAGGCGGCACACUUUGACAUCGGUUCACCGUCCAGCUCCCUGUCCAACUACGACUCGGCCAACUCCAGUCAGUCCAGCACUGGGGAGAAGAGGAGCAGCUUGACCACACCUCGAGCCCCCCCGGCGCAGCUGAAUACAGCGGCGCAUCAAGGUGCGUCGGAGGGGGCCAUAUCAGACAUGCAGGCAUACAUGGACAUGCUGAAUCCUGACAUCAGCACCGACGUGCCCAAGAAGAACGAGACACAAGUCGAUGCCGCCCCCCCAACUCCUCCUCCUCCGACCUACCCGCCCCCGCCUCCUCCUCCACAGUGUCCCCCGGGGCCGCCUCCCCCUCCGAGCUACCCGGCGCCACAGGCCCCUCAGGAGCCCCUGUCCGCCGAGUUCCUGAAGGUGAAAAGCAACUUGCGGCAUGUGGACAAAAAGACCAGCAAAAAGGAGCAUCUGACUCCUGGAGAGAGCCACGAUAAACUGCGCCGAGUGGAUUCAAACAGGAAGUCGAGGAGCUUCAGCAAGCAGCCCAGCACUGGGGAUUACUACAGGUCUCUGGGCAACGACACGGCAGAGCUCCGUGGAUUCAGAGACAUGGCCCCGAAUGAGGAGGGUUCCAUGUUAUUGGAGGAGCCUACCAACAGUCCCACCCCCAGCCCUGAAAACGGUGCCACAGACGAAUCUGUCCAGCCCCCUCCCCCUCCCCCACCGCCACCUCUUCCCUCAAGCUCUCCGAUGCCAACGCCCCCUCCGCCUCCUCCACUGCCCCCCGGGACUCAGGCCACCACCCAGAAUUAUGCCGGCAGCACCUCCACCAAUCAGCGCCGCCCGUCCUCUUCAUCGGGGACUGUGGAUAUCAAUGUCCCUCAGCCGGAGGCAGGGCCUGUUAGACAGAUGAAGAGUAACUUUACGUUUACUGAAACAGGCACAAAAUCUUUCAACAUGAUGUCCCCCACCGGUGACAACUCAGAGCUGCUGGCAGAGAUCAAAGCAGGAAAGAGCCUUAAGCCCACACCGCACAGUAAAGGCUACACCACCGUGUUUUCCAACAGUGGACCCACGGGCAACAAUGGUACGGCCACAUCCCCAGAGGCCCGGUCAUCUCCCCCUCCACCCAAGCCAUCAUCCCCUCCACAAUCCAACACGCCCGUCUCCUCCCCACCCGCCACCCCGAGCCCCAGCCCCAGUCCCACUGGCUCGGGAUCCUCCAGGACAAUGUCGAGCUCUGCCAGCUACGAGCAGCUGUCCUCCAACGCGGCGAUCAAUGGGACCGGCGGCGGCUCGGCAAAAGCCGAGUCGGGGAGGAAGAUGAGCCUCGCUGACGUGGAGGCUCUGGUGCCCACCCAUGACGAGCAGGGGAAAGCCAUCCCCGAAUGGAAGAGGCAGGUGAUGGUGCGAAAGCUCCAGGUGAAGAUGCAGGAGGAGGAGGAUCACAGACGCAAGUUUGCGUCAAGUGGACACUACCAGCCUCAGGAAUGGCACUACUCUCACAUCCACAAUGCCAUAUUGGGCCCGUUUGGGGAGCUGAUGACCGAGGCUGACCUAAACCGAAUUGAGAGGCAAAUUGAAAACCUGCAGGUCAUGCAUAAGAUGUCAGAAGUUGAGAAGGAACUGGAGCAACUGGAGCGGGAACUUCACCAGCUCCUCCCAGUUUCCGCUGCUCUCAGUCAAGGACACUUCUCGGUCAAUCCAAAGCAGGUGCAUGGCCAAGCUGAGGAUCUCCCAGCAUGGUGUAGCAAGAUCUCCACCCUACUCAAGAGCAUGGCAAUUCUCCUUGCGACCCUGGGAGGCAAAGAAAUAGACAUCUUGGAUCUUAUAUUUCCUGGAAGUUCUCAAGAAGAUGCAAAGAAUGUGAGUGCAGGCCAGUCUCAGUCUGCAGCAAUGGCUGGCACUGCCUACAUUGGACGCUCUCAGUCUUUCUCAACGAGGGAAGAAGUGGAAAAGGAAAUAAAGCAGUGCGGGGUCUCGGUAAAGAACCUCAAGGCCAAUUACGAAGUACUGAAUCAGCCACAGUCGGCAGAUAACCAAGCUAACCGGGUUUACAAACGCAAAAGGUCUCUCCCUGCGAUAAGUGAGUCUAAUCAUUGUCCAGAGACGGCUUGUGAGGAGGAGGCUCCCUGCUCCUCCGCUGAAGUGCUGGGCCUCGAUACCAACGACCAUCAACCAUCAACAGGGGAACCCGCACUACCACUCGUUGAAGAGCCAGUUAUCAUAGCAUCUCACGCUCCCCAGACCUACGAGCCCUCUGACGUAAUGGCUCCCGCAAACUUUGAACACUUCAACCAGGUUCUUUCCUCAGACCCCAUUUUGAACGACGACCAGCUAACACGAAGCCUGGAGGUGCAGACAGACCUGAGCUAUGUCCAAGAAUGCAUUGAAAUGAGGAAAGAGAGAAUAGUUUUUCUCUUCCUUGAACACUGGAGGAAGUAUACCAUCUCAGAAUGUUAUCGGACUAAAUAUACAGACAGGAGGGGAAAUCACUUGGAUGUGGGUUACGGGGAGUACAACCAGUUUAACGCUCAAUUAAGUGGGGAGAUGCAAAGUGAAGAUGACAAACUCCUCCUGUUUAUGAAGUCCAAGCACGUAGUGGGGAAUCUGAUUGGCCACUGGAGGACAAUCAUGAGCCAAGUCCCCACACGGCAGAUCCGCAGGCUGAGUCGCUCCCAGAUGACCUACUGGCCGGAGCACUUCUUGCCACACAUCAAUGGCUCACCUGUGAGCUACGAAAGCCUCACGCUGGACCUCUUCAUGCUGGGAUACUUCCAGUUAUUAGAGAUGAACAUGUCUCGCGGUGAGCGGAAAUUUCGCCAUCUUUUGUGCUAUGAGAUGUUUGACCGUCUGGGCAGCCACAAAUGGGAGGUCAUUAGACUGUUUCACAAGGAGGUCAUGGAGGAAAUCGAGAGAGGGAAGCGAGACUGGGCAGAUGGCUUUGAGGACAUAAAGCUCAAGUAUUUUGGAGACUCUGAUGAUGGAGGUGGUUUGAUGACCGCCUCUCUCCGUUCUAUGUCUCCUGAGAUGUCCAUCUCGCCAAUGCAGGAAGUGCCUCCCCCUCCACCUUCCCACCCUCCUCCCCCUCCCCCAACUCAUGCUGCGCCCCCACCUCCGAAUGAACCUGCCCCAGCCUCACAGCCGCCCCCACAAACGUCUCAGUUGGAGGUCUCUCCGUCUCCCGAAGCUGCCGGGGAUGGUGUCUCUAAUGGUGACCAGUGUGUGGGGCCAAUAACCCCAGACAAGUCACUAGAGGGGGGCGGCCAGAAAAAUGCAGAAUCAAAAGAACAGAUUUCCCCAAAUAUGUCUACGGUUCCGAACACGACAAUUUCAGAGCAUGACAACGUACAGAACGUGACAACUGAAAGGGCACAACAAGCUCCGGCUCAAGAGACCCCAACAGAAAUCUCUGCGGCAGGUACAAAGAAAAAUGUUUCAGGCGUUAGCGUUAAAUUCACAGAGGAUACACCUCCACCCAGAGAUGAGCCCACGGAGGACUCGAUUAAAGUCAUCUACGAGUUGAAAGAGUUCAGCAACGAAGAAAUCAUCAGAUACAUCGAUCGGAGUUUUGCUUUUUGGAAAGAGAAAGAAGCCGAGCUUUUCGACAUCUAA